UGUAUUUGAGCACUCUUAGAAGUAAAACCCAGGCCCUUCUCUUUGUGAAUGAUAAAUCUUAUAGUUUGUUUGUCUUUAUUUCAACUGGUAAUGUUCAAAGAUCUUUGAUUUUGGAACAAUAUCUGAUCGUAUAUCUAGUCGAUGACAUAAUGUACAUGUACAGUCAAAUAGUCUCUAGAGUAACAGGCUGCCAAAUAACUUUGGACUAAUAACCAGAAAAGCAGAAACAUCAGACGUGGUGAAAUCCCUAUGGCAUUUCUCAUCCUGGCAUGACUAUGUUCCCUUCCUCAAAAGGAGUAUUGGAAAUACAUAACGAAGGAUGGAGUCCAAGUGCAAUGUGAUAAAAAUUGAGUCAAAUACUUAAUUGUAAAAGCUUGGAUUUUUAAUACUUCUGUUUAUUUAUUUAUGUUUUUAUCAGUUAGGAAGGUUUCAGUUGUCUCAUUUUUUGUAUCUCUGAAGUAAACAUUACUUGAGAAACAGAAGCACCCUUCACACAAAAAGGAUGAGGCUUUCUCAACCAUGGACCUAAUAUGCUCUACUACAGGUACAUAUGUGCUAGCUUGUUAGUGAGGACAUAACACAAAGACCCUGAAAGCACUGUUUUCUUCUAGUGUCAGUAGCAGAACGUUAUGGACAUACAUAACAUUGCGAAGAUAGUAUUGAUUCUGGUAUUCCUAGUGCUUCACCCGAGUGGAUCAAGAAGCCAAUGGGUGACUAACCAACCUACUCGUCCUCUUUGUCCCUCUCAAUUUGCAUUAGUGAAUCAUGCCUGCUCGUUGCUCCCAUUUGUUGGGGUGCCUCCACCAUCUCCACCAUCCCCUCCUCCGCCAUCACCCCCACCUCCUUCUCCUCCAAGUCCUCCAGAAAGAAGACACAGACAUAGGCACGGACAUCACCACGUGCAUAAGGAAACUCCUGUAGAAGAGGACUGUUGCAGGUGGAUGAAACAAGUCGACAGCGAAUGUGUCUGUGAUCUUCUGGUUCGUUUGCCUCUCUUCCUGUCUAGGCCUGUCCACCAGUAUACAGUCAUGAUUGAUCCAUCUUGCAAUAUUACUUUCCAGUGUGGUUCCAGGAUAAAGUUUGAAAACCAAAUGUUACCCCCCUUUCCAUGAUGAACCAUCUCAGUAUACCUUCACUUAUGAUGUUUAUGUUUGUUAAGAAAGUAUAGUAACCUAGUACUUUUGUUUAAUGCUGAUGAAAGUCUGUAAUGUGUAGUUGAAGUAAAAGAAAUAAAGUUAUGUACCCGUUUCCAUCAAAUUUUGUGGUAUUCUUUGUAACUUCUAUAUCUUUCAUAUGACAAAAAGUGGGUUAAAAGUCUUUCUUGGUA